AGGUUUUAUUGAAGUCAUUGCUAUUAGGGGAAGAUGUUGUCGCGGUUAACAAAUAGAUCAAGAUCUAUUGUAUCGUUUGUUCGACGAUUUUCUGUUACAUCAUCACUCAGUCAAACUGGUACAGUGAAAAUACAGAAUCAAGGCGAUGUAGCUGUCCUCAAAAUGGAUUUGGCGAAUACCAAGGAAAAUGUCUUAAAUGAAGCAUUAGCUAGCGAUCUUCAAGCAGCUUUCGACAAGGUGGAGCGCGAUAGCUCUGUGAAAUCUAUAGUCCUUAUGUCUGCGAAGCCGAACAGCUUUGUGGCUGGAGCAGAUGUCAAUAUGUUGAGUAAAGCAAAAACAGCGCAAGAAGGAGCUUCCAUUUCAAAGAAGGCUCAAGAACAAUUUGAGAAGUUGGAACGAUCCGGGAAGCCUAUUGUAGCAGCGAUUAUGGGCAGCUGCAUGGGUGGUGGACUGGAACUGGCAAUGUCAUGUCAUUAUCGUAUCGCAGUGAAUGACAAGAAGACUCAGUUGGCAUUGCCUGAGGUUAUGCUUGGACUACUUCCUGGUGCUGGAGGCACACAGCGACUUCCAAAGCUCGUACCUCUUCAAAAUGCCCUGGACAUGAUGCUCACUGGAAAGAAAGUCAAGGCUGAUAAGGCCAAGAAAAUAGGUCUGGUUGAUGCUGUUGUACAGCCACUUGGAGAUGGACUCGAACCAGCAGCUGCGAAUACUCAUAGAUACCUGGAGGAAGUUGCAGUGGAAACAGCCCGAAAAUUAGCCAAAGGUUCAUUGAAAGUGAACAGAGAGAAACCCAUGAUGGAGAAGAUUAUGCAGAAGGUGAUGUCCACCUCGAUCGUUCUUGACAGAGUGGUGUUGAAGAAAGCCAAAGAUCAGGUUCUGAAGCUUACCGGAGGAAACUACCCAGCUCCACUAAAAAUACUAAAGGCGGUUCGUGCAGGUUUGGUCGAGGGACCUUCUGAAGGCUACAAAACUGAAUCAGAGAGUUUUGGAGAGCUCAUCCAAUCAUACCAGUCUAAAGCACUGGUGGGACUUUUCACAGGAUCGACAGAAUGCAAGAAAAAUAAGUAUGGGAAGGGCUUACCAUUCAAAGAAGUCGCUGUAGUGGGUGCAGGAUUGAUGGGAGCUGGAAUUGCCAACGUUACCAUUGACAAAGGACUAAAAUGUGUGCUACUGGAUAUGAACGAGAAGGGACUAGAACGAGGUGAGAAUCAAAUUGCCAAUCAUCUUGAUGGUCAAGUUAAACGAAAGAAGAUUAACAAAUUAGAGAAAGAACAGAUAGUAACAAAUCUCGUAGCCACUUGUAAUUAUAAUGCUAUGAAAAACGCAGAUAUUGUGAUCGAAGCUGUGUUUGAGGACUUGGAACUGAAACACAAAGUUAUCAAACAAGUCGAAGGGAUCGUUGGGAAGGAUACCAUAAUUGCAUCUAACACAUCUGCUCUACCAAUCAAAGAUAUUGCAAAAGCGUCAUCACAUCCAGAUAAAGUCAUCGGGAUGCAUUACUUUUCGCCUGUGGAAAAAAUGCAACUCCUGGAAAUUAUCGUUCACGACGGGACAUCAAAGGAAACUCUCGCUACUGCGGCACAGCUUGGUCUAAAACAAGGCAAAACUGUUGUGGUCGUAAAGGAUUGCCCCGGAUUCUUCGUGGUGCGCUGCCUAGGACCAAUGAUGUCUGAAGUGGUCCGCAUCUUGCAAGAAGGUGUUUCACCUCAGGAAUUGGAUAGACUCACCAAACAAUUCGGUUUCCCUGUGGGGGCUGCUACUUUAGCCGAUGAGGUUGGUGUGGACGUUUACGGUCAUGUGGCUGUAUUCUUGGGUAAGGCAUUAGGACCACGUGUACAUGGUGGUUCGGUUGAGCUGCUAGAAGAAAUGGCUGGAGCUGGUCUCAAAGGAAGAAAGACUGGUAAAGGGAUAUAUGUAUACGAAAGCAAAGGGAAGAAGAAGAUUAACGAAGAUGCGGUUAAAAUCAUCCAAAAGUACAAGCUUACACCACCGAGCAGCUGCUCAUCUACAGAAGAUCGACAAUUACGUCUUGCCACUCGAUUUGUGAAUGAAGCGCUGUUAUGCUUGGAGGAAGGAGUGAUUUCUAGCCCUACCGACGGUGACAUCGCAUCCGUGUUCGGUAUCGGAUUUCCUCCAUUCUGGGGUGGUCCGUUCCGAUUUGUGGAUCUCUACGGUGCAAAGAAGCUCGUGGAUUCUAUGAAUAAAUAUGCAUCUGCUUAUACAUCUGAUCAGUUCACACCUUGCCAACUGCUCAAAGAUCAUGCGCAAAGUGGAAAGAAAUUCUAUCCUUAAUAUUAUGCCUCAUACCUUGUUGGUAACUUAUCAGGAAAUAAUAAGCUAUUUUGCUUUUUGUUUUCUCACUAGACUGGUCUGAUGUUAACGUUUUAUUCGCUUUGAUACGGUUG